GUACUUCACAUCAGCAUGUGAGGAAAGGAACGUGACUCCUUACGUGAUUGAAAUUAACGUGAAAUAAACCAAAAGACGAUUCAGAAAUGUCUGCCUUCACCAUUGCAAGGUUCAUGGCCAAUAAAAGUGGAACCAUACAAGGUCUACUCAAAUCCCCGGCAGUGCCACUGACACUGUGCAGACGGUGCCUGGCAUUAUGGGGCUUCAAUAAACCUGAUGAAUGGAAGAAAACUGUCAUGGAUGCUGAAAAACUUGUGGGAUAUUCCACAUCACUCCUCAGUCUCCGCUGUAUAUUCAGUGAUGAACUUGCCAAUGUAGCUAUGCAAGUAGGAAAACUAGUGGGAACAAAACACCCUCUGUUACAUACAGCAAGAACAUUUAUAUGGGAUGACAAGCAGGGCCCUCAGACCAGAGGGUUGAUCAUUCUACUAUUGUCCAAGGCUGCUGGACCUUCCAACCAUCCUGAUAAGAUGCCUGAUUUUGAUCGUGAAAUGGUCUGUGGUAUAUAUCAGAGCCAAAGAAAUCUUGCAGAAAUUGCAGAAAUGAUAUAUGCUGCCAACCUCAUUCACAAAGGAGUGGUCAAUCUUGCUGAAGUCAAGCCAGCAGAUGGCAUGAUGAAAGACAUGGAGUUUGGAAACAAGAUGUCUGUUUUAAGUGGAGAUUUCUUCUUAGCCAAUGCCUCAACAGCUCUUGCUGACUUAGAAAAUACCAAGGUUGUAGAAAUAAUUGCCAGUGCCAUUGGUGAUUUAAUGCAAGCAGAAUUCACAGGACUUACAGAUAAAAGUGGUUGCCCAGUCCUGAAAACAACCACAACAAUGGACAAUUGGUAUGAACAGACAUUUCUCUCUGCUGGGAGUCUGGUUGCAAAAAGUUGUAAGGCAGCCAUGGAACUUGCCAAACACUCACAAGAUGUGCAAGAAAAAGCUUUUAACUUUGGGAAAUAUUUGACAUUUGCUAGGCAGUUAAAUGAAGAUCUUCAGCCAUACAUAAGUGAAGAUGGCGGCAGUGCUCCUUUUAACCCAACAUCUGCUCCAUCAGUUCUCUAUGCCAUGGGGGGAGACCAGGAUAGGGUGGAUUUUCUCAAUAAUUGUGCAAAAACUACGAGUGGAAAGAUGCAGGCACUUAAGCUGAUCUCAAAGAGCAAGGCUCUGGAAGAAACGAAGCGUCUUUGUAGGGAACAUGGACAGAAGGCAGUGGAGGCUAUAAAAGACUUUCCCAUCUCAGAUACAAGGACUGUAUUACAGAAAAUGGCUCAAGUGACAACUAAUGUAUGAGUUUCACCUUUUACAAAAACAUCUCUUGCAACUUCUUCUUGUAGUCCUUCAACAAAGAGAUGGUGAUUGCAGGGUUCUCAGUUUUUCUUUCUAAGAUAUUUUGUACAAAAAUUUUUCAGCAUGUAUAUAAUGAUCUCUUUUUUCAUCCAUAAAACUUCAUGAACACUAAAUUUCAGUGAUUUCAUGUUGAGAUUGUUCUAAAACAAAUUAUUGGGCUGAAAGUGAAAAGAUUACUGUUCAUGGAUGAGCUUUGUCACGUUUUCCAUGAGAGGGACUGGCUUACCAAUUAAAGUGUAAGGAGGUUAUUAUUUUA